AUGGCAAUCCCCCGCACCCUCCCCGCCGCGCUGGGCGCGGUCGCAUUCCUCCCGACCACGACCAUGCUGGCCAUUCAUGUCAUUCUCGCUCGCUCGCAGGCGGACCGGGCAUCCUCGGUCAGGACAACAGCCAUCGUUGCGGCGGUCCUGGAAGCCAUCAUCUUCAUUGCCAUCCCCUUUCUCAGCAUCUCCCAUGUGGCACCAUGGACUCCGAAACCGAGGUGUUUCAAGACUAUUUGGUUCGGUACAGGCUUAGGCUUGUCCGCAGUUGCCUCUGCGGUCUCGGUGUCGAAUAUCGUCUGCCUAAGCCGGGUAGUUGACGAUCCUCUAAGCACCAUUCUGGGCUGGAAGGCGGGAGAAUUUCUGGUGGGCUCGUCAGUCGCUCUAGGGCUGGCAUUUGCGACACAACUAGUUUUCUUCACCUUGCAUCUCAUCGUCGGGCGGACACUGGGAUCACAUCCAGAGAUCUCGACCUAUCUCGACCAGGCCAACCGGUCCGCCCCGCGGAUCAAAACCGUGCCGUACCAUGAAACGACGCCGGCAUCGGCCGCCAGGACCCGAGACAGCGCGUCGUUCGAUUCGCCGACUCCUCCAAGGUCGAGCGGUGGGCGCUCGGCAACCGAAACCAUGAGCUCAAUACGGACUUCCCUCUCACACGCCAUACGACCCAUCACAUCCAGGACUCGUCUGCUCUCCGUCAGCCGGCGGUCAUCCAACCGGCCCCUGUCCCUUGACCUGGCCGCUCCGCGCGAAUCCCGGUCGCGCUCGACAGCAGAAGAGGGCUUCGACACCUGGGACACAUCCGCCGUGGACCCCGACAACCGCCAAACAGUUCUCGAAUCCUCCUCCCCACCAUCCACCCGCUUCCUCGAGACCAUCCCCGCCAGCCCGGCACCAAGCCGCAGCCCGAGUCCCGGCACGGCGCUCGACGUCUGCCUCAACGCGCCGCGCACCCGCCGCAGGAGCCGCAGCUACAGCCCGGUCUCGUCCCGCACCAUCCAGGCCCAGCGGGCGGCCUUCACGCAGCAGGCUUCGCACAGCGAGGCCCACAUCCACCCGCUCUUCCGGUCCGACUCGCCGGUUCCGCCGCCCAGCGCGACCCCGGGGACCGUGGUCGUGGCGGCGCCCAACGCGGGGCAGGUCAUUUCGGACCGCCAGAGCAUCCGCAGCAUCGCGAGUAUGCAGAGGUUGAGGAGCGAGAGCUCGCCGGUGGUGCCGAGCCCGCUGAGUCGGGCCGCGUCAUCCGAGUCGUUUGUUGGUGUUCGUGGGAGGAGGAGGGCGGAAAGUAAUGCUUCCCCGGAGAUGAGGGAGGAGGAGGAGAGGAAGAGGGACGGAGAAGGGGGAUUGCCGGUGAUGGUUGCUGAGGAGGAUAUGGAGAGGAAGAUGACGCCGCCGAUCCCGGAAUGGAUUCUCACUGCUGGGUCGCGGUCGAGCUUGACGGGUUACAAUAGCCGGAAAAGUGUUCGGACACCUGGGGAAAGCGAGGAUGGUGUUGAGCUACAUCCGUCGUCAUGA